AUCCCUAUAUAAACACCAAAACACAUUUUUAUUAAUAUGCAUUAAUCAAAUUUCCCUAAUUAAUUAAACAAUAUGGCAUCAAUUUCUCUCCACUCCUCCUACACCCUAGGAGCCACCGCGCCGGAGCCACCUCUCAACACAUGCUCCGUGCAGCAGCCACGCGCCGCCCUCAGCCGCCUCCAUGCGCUCCUCCACUCCGCGGCCGUCGCCGCCCUCCUCUACUACCGGCUCUCCAACCUCGCCCGCGGCGCCGUGCCGCCUCUCCCGUGGGGCCUCGUCACCCUCGCCGAGCUCGUCCUCGCCUUCGUGUGGCUCCUCGCGCAGUCUUUCCGGUGGCGGCCGGUGGUGCGCACGGCGGCGCCGGAGAAUCUCCCCGGCGACGAGAAGCUCCCCGGCGUCGACGUGUUCGUGUGCACCGCGGACCCGAAGAAGGAGCCCGUGGUGGAGGUGAUGAACACGGUCUUGUCGGCCAUGGCGAUGGACUACCCGCCGGAGAAGCUGGCGGUGUACCUGUCGGACGACGGCGGCGCCGCCGCGACGCUGUACGCGAUGAAGGAGGCGUGUCGUUUUGCGGAGUCUUGGCUGCCGUUUUGCAGGAAAUAUGGGAUCAAGACUCGAUGCCCUGAGGCGUUUUUCUCUUCUUUUGGAGAAGAUGAAAGGGAAGCUUUGGCCGGCGACGAAUUCAACGCUGAGGCAGACAAAAUCGAGUCAAAAUAUGACGUUUUCAGGAGAAAUGUGGAGAAGGCUGCUGAGCUUGAAGACUCUGUCAACGACGAUAGACCUUCUCAUGUUGAGGUAAUAUAUGAUAAUAAGAAGAAUGCAGGAAAGGAUCAAUCUAAUAAACUGCCACUACUUGUUUAUGUAUCACGUGAAAAACGCCCUUCUCAUCCCCAUCGCUUCAAAGCUGGAGCUCUCAAUUCCCUCCUUCGAGUAUCGGGGAUAAUGAGCAAUGCACCUUAUGCACUAGUGUUGGACUGUGACAUGUACUGCAAUGAUCCAACCUCUGCAAAGCAAGCCAUGUGCUUCCAUCUUGAUCCCACACUAUCCCACUCUCUCUCAUAUGUCCAGUUCCCUCAGAUCUUCUACAAUGUCAGUCAAAAUGACAUCUAUGAUGGCCAGGCAAGGGCUGCUUAUAAGACGAAGUAUCAAGGCAUGGAUGGGCAAGGCGGCACAGUUUGCGCUGGCACUGGCUACUACAUUAGGAAGAAAGCUUUGUUUUGCAGCCGUGAUCAACAAGAUGAAAUCCUCCACGAGCCACAAGAGAACUUCGGUGCCUCCGGAAAGUUGAUCGAAUCAGUUCAAGCACUCAACACAAAAUAUGGAAUUUUCCCAAAAUAUGUGACCAGAAAGGAAAAUAUAUCCGAUUCAACUCUAGCAGAAGCCCAUAAACUCGCAUCAUGCACAUAUGAACACAACACCAAAUGGGGUAAAGAGAUCGGUUACUCCUACGAUUGUUUGUUAGAGAGCACCUUCACCGGCUACCUGAUGCACUGCAAGGGGUGGAAGUCGGUCUAUCUCUACCCGGACCGGCCAUGCUUCCUCGGCUGCACCACAAUCGACAUGAAAGACGCCCUCGUGCAGCUCAUGAAAUGGGCUUCCGGCUUAGUACAAGUCGGCCUCUCGAGAUUCAGCCCCCUCACCUAUGGCGUGUCGAGGAUGCCUCUCCUUCAAGCCUCGUGCUACGGAUUCUUCGCCUUUUCGCACUUCAUAUCCGUUGCUUGUUUCUUGUAUGGCAUUGUUCCUCCGCUCUGCUUCUUCUACGGAAUCCCCCUCUAUCCCAAGGUGACGAGUCCCUGGUUCGCAGCAUUCGCAGGCGUGUACGCCUCCUCCGCCGCGCAGCAUUUCUACGAGGUGGCGUCGAGCGGCGGCUCGGCCAGGACUAUGUGGAACGAGCAGAGGAUCUGGAUAAUCAGAGCGGUGACGGCGUGCUUGUUCGGGUGCCUCGACGUGCUGCUGAAGUAUGCCGGCGUGGCGAAGGCGAAUUUCCGGCUGACGAACAAGGCCGUCGAUCAAGAGAAGCUCGACAGGUACCAGCAAGGGAAGUUCGAUUUUCAGGGAGCCAAGAUGUUCAUGGUGCCGUUGACGAUGCUGGUGUUGUUCAACUUGGGCUGCUUCGUCGGCGGCGCGAAGGCGCUCGUCGCCGGAGGGAACGCGGCGGAGAUGCUCGGACAGGGGCUGCUGUCUCUAUAUGUUCUUGUUCUUAGCUUUCCCAUUCUUCAAGGGCUUAUUCCCAAGAUUGGAAAAUGAGUUAUUUGAUUUGAGUUGGUUUUUGUCUUUCAAAAUGUAUCUUGCUAAAUUAUUAUAAAGAUUUCAGUUAAAUAACGGAAAUUUUAUUUGUAUAGAAAUAUGUAUGUAUAUAUAUGACAUUUGAGAUUCAGUGUAACUAUUUGGUGUC